AUGCUGAGAGAGUUAAUGAAGCAGCGCCUCAACUUGGCCGUGGAGGAAAUUUAUCAACUUUUUGAAAGAACCAUAAUGGAGUACGAGGAGGAACUCGGUCGAACAAAGGAGGAGAAAGAGCGGCAAGGCCAAAUACUCGACGCCGUUUUGAAGUCUCGAGCUGUCGAACAGCAGCAGGAAGACAUGCAUCAGGUGUUGGUGGAGGGUGAAGAGGAGGAGCCGGCAGAGCUCCCCCACAUUAAAGAGGAAGAUGAUUACAUAUGGAGCAAUGAAAUAGACGAGCGUCCUGAAUGGCUGUCGCAGGCAGAGGAGCAAGACCCCAACUUCACCUUGACAUUACCCGACGAACCCCACGACGAGCGAAAUCGCAACUUCGACCCGGACGAGCGAAAUCGCAACUUCGACCCGGACAGCAGCUUCGCUCCCAUCUCUGAUAUGGAAGACGAUGACGACGAUGAUUCCGACCAAGACAAACCUUUCCCUUGCAAAAUCUGCCACAAAAAAUUAUCCUCCAAACGCAAUGUGCAACGACACAUGCUCACCCACCAAAAACCCAAAGUUUUCACCUGCGUGAUCUGCGCGGAAAGUUUCCCCACCAGGGCCCGCCUGCGAUCCCACAAACGACGCCACGCGGACAAGCCCAAGUUCGACUGCGCCGAGUGCGGGAUCACCUUCACCAAGCUCCCCCGGUUAAAACGACACAUGGCCAAACACACCGGAGAGAAGCCGUUCGCCUGCUCUUUGUGCGAUAAGAAAUUCAGUUGGAAUUACGCUCUGAAAAGACACAUGAGGGCACACACCAGCCGGGAGCACUUCUCCUGUCCCGUCUGCGCCAAAUGCUUCACCACCAAAUGGUACAUCGCCGUGCACAUGAGGACGCACACGGGAGAGAAACCGUACCAGUGCACCACGUGUCUUAAACGGUUUCAUUUUAAGAACAGUUUUAGGAAGCACACGUGUAUGGAAGACGGCCAGAGCGCUGGAAAUGACGACCAAAACGGAGGAAAUGACGAAACGGCGAUAAACGAAGACGUAGAAUAA